CCAUGAUAACUGUAGUCCAAAACUCACCCAAAAUAAUGCGAGUAUCAAAAACUGAAACACACGACAACAAGUUAACUAUGCUUGACUAAUUUGAACAUUUUCUCGUAUCAACUCCGAAACCACUGCAGUGGAAAAACAAGCAGCAGCAUCUUAGCGGCACUUUUCAACGUUUGGUGUAACACAAUGUUUGUCCGUAGAGCACACAUUAACUACGCAUGAAGGUUCCGCGUCAUUCACAUCGGAUUACAUUCAAUUGUUACACCACCAGCUUCGGGCAGAAUCAAUGUUAUGAUAUUUAAUCAGUUUUACAUUUAGUUGAUGUUAUAACAACUCGGGUAGAAUAACACAGCAACAGAUCGCAGAUGAGUUUUGUGGGGAGGCGACGGGACGGACAGCUGUCAUUGUGGGUUUUAUUUUCCUGGGUAACACCUGUCAGGCUUUCUUGUAUAACAUUGCUUCUUCGACAAAAUGAAUACGUUAAAUGUAAUGUCAGAAAGUGUCGGGGUAAAUAACGAUUUGGGGUAUUUAUCUGUGCACAGUGCGAACAGUGAACUCCCCGCAGCUUUAGUUUGCAAGAGGGCAGCGGUUUUUUGACAGGAAGUUUUGCCUGAGGGGAUAAUCUCAGGGCAAAAAGUCGUUUUUGUCCACCGUCAGAGGCCAACAGCGUCCGGUGACAAAAUAAACAGCUUGCGGUUGCUUACAGAGAAUUAAUCGGGAGGAGGUUGAACCUGGAGGUUUCCCGGACGAAGAGUCACCAGGGUUUCACCUAGACUACAGACUUCCUUCUCAACUAACCACCUCCACCAUGACUGCUGCUGUGAGAGAUUCUGCCAAAGUGCCUAUCCGAGGUGCUGGCGAUGGCAUGGAAACUGAAAAACCGCCGGCCAUUCUGGAGGUAAACACAGAUACAUUGCUACCAGGUCCAUCUGCAGUUCCCCUCCUGAAGGUGGCUAGCCCAAAACACAGCCUCAAAUCUAGCCAUCCUGCUCCCCCUGCUGCUCCCCAGCCUCUCGGGGUGCUCCACCUGGGCAAGGUGAGUCGAGAGGCCUGCACAGAGGUGGAGGCUGUGAGGAUUAUCGUCCCACGUGCCGCUAUUAGCCGAAGCAGCCGUACAGGACCUGCUGAGGGGAAAGGGGAGGCUGGGCAACAGGCUGAGGAGCAGGGCUCUCCCCCGCUGCCUCUGGUGGAGGACUGGAGAGGACAGAUGGAGAAGCUGCAGAACUCUGAACGCAGGCUCCUGCAGGACAAGGAAGGCCUUUCCAAUCAGCUCCGUGUGCAGACAGAGGUGAACCGUGAGCUAAAGAAACUGCUGGUGGCGUCGGUGGGUGAUGACCUUCAGUACCACUUUGAGCGUAUGGCACGAGAGAAGAACCAGCUGAUUCUGGAGAACGAGGCUCUAGGCCAGAGUCUGGCGCACACCGCGGAGCAGCUGGAGCGAAUGAGUAUCCAAUGUGACGUUUGGAGGAGCAAGUUCCUGGCCAGCAGAGUCAUGGCAGAGGAGCUGACGAAUGCCAGAGCAGCUCUGCAGAGACAGACCAGAGAGGCACAAGGAGCAAUUCAGGACCUGCUGUUAGAGAGAGAAGUUUUCUCCAGGGACAUGGUGCUCACUCACAGAUCUCUGGAGCAGCUCCUGGUGUCUCUGCAGUGGGGCAGACAGCAGACGUACUACCCCAGUGCACAGCCCCUCAGCACAGGAGAGCUGGCAGCAGCCAAUCACAAGCUAGCAGACGCUAUCAACUCCCACCUGCUGGGCAACACCAGCAGCAACAGCAGCAGCAGCGGUGUGGUGAAGGGCAGCAGUGCCAUAGCUGAGCAGCUCUGCAGCACACCAGCUGAGAAGAUGGCUGAGAAGGUGCUGAAGAUCUUAGAUCCAAUCUCCUGUUCAGAAAACAAGGCAGAGCCUCAACUCAGUGACUCCACCCCCUCAAACUUCCUCAGCAAUAAGAAGAGCAUCGGCAGGUUUCACCCAUAUACCCGCUAUGAGAACAUUACUUUUAAUUGCUGUGAGCGCUGCACUGGAGACAUCCUGGUGCUGUAGAGGUCAAAGAGCGGCAAAACGUCCCAGUCUGACACCAAUGCAGCAUCAGAGCUUAUUUCAAAUGACUGAGGUCUGAACAGGAGUGUACUCUGGAGGAUAUUACUUGCUAUCGGUGGGGUAUGCGAUUCUAAUCCAAUACACGUCUUUUUGUCAAAUUCAACGAAUAUCUCCUCACGGUACGCUAGCUGUCCGAUCAGUGUGUGCACUGAAAAAAAAAUCCAGUAUUUGUACACAGCCCUGGCUCUGUAAAUGGGAAACAAACAAAGUGGCUCGGACCAAGCCACACAACACUAUUACAGCCACGACUUGUGUGUCAGGUAACGUUAAAUGACUUGCUCACGGACAUUCAGCUUACUUUCUAAUUUGCCAAGAUAUACUCUUGUGGUGAUGUUAGCUUAAGUAACAGGAGAGUUGUGAGUUUUGCUGUCUGGAGCUGGUUUGCUGCCUCUGGGAAACCGUCUCGUCCUCUCUGGCUGUUUCAGCUUUGCAGCAGCAACUGUAGCGACAGUUUAACGCACAACCUAGCUAACCUUAGUUACAUUACUUGCUGUGUUGUUGUUCGCUCUAUAUCAUGGUAUUUGUCAUGGUAUUGGAUUUCUCCAGAAUCGCAUUCCCCACCUUUUAAGUGACUUCUUCAGUCGACACCAAAAGUUAGCAGCUCAAGCAGACAUUUUGUGUAUCUGAUUUUGUGUUUGGAUUUUCAUAAUUUCAGAUAAUGGUUUUAAAUUUUUUUCAAGCUGCUGUUUAUUUUGCUCUCUUUAACUUGAAAAAAAGCUAAAUGGGAACACUGAGUUGUUUGUUCAGGAAUCAUGAUGUGAAAGUGAAACAGAAUGCAUUUCAGAGCCUUUGCAGCCUGGUUUAAACCAUGGAGCGUGCUAUUUAUUGCUGGAAUGUGAGGUCAAGAUGAGUCGGUGUUACAUGAUGGACACUGUUAGGGUGUCUGCUUAUUCAAACUUAAACAUUAGGCUAGUGUGUUUAUUUACAUAUUCCUAUAAUAAGUAAAAUGUGCAAACAGGUUGCAAUGCAUAAGUGUGUUUACAGGACAGCCUGUUGUGGAAAUACCCUCCAGGAAGUUAACAAACAACAGAUAAUGAGCUAAUUGCACAGUCACAUGUGUACUGUGACUGUAAUAACAAAAAUAAGUGAGGAUUCUUCUUAUACUGUAGAGGUCUCGCCAAAUUUCUCAGUAUGAUGGUGCUAUCAUAUUUAAAAAAAUAUUGUGUUAAUAUAUUUUGUAUAUUGCAUGCUGCAAAGACAUACAUUCAAUAUUUUUGAAGUGGUUUGUCAGUACUACAGUAGACUGUUAUUGUGCAACAGUAUUGUUUAAAGAAAGCCCUGAUAUUGUCAAAUGCCCACUCACACACACACGUUCAGUAAUUUGCAAAUGGUUUGACUUUGUGGUGUUUCAAAGAAAAGCUUGACGUUUUUCUAAAAUUUUCCAGAGAGAUUUUAAGUUUUGAUGUUUGAUUUGUUUUCAUUGAAUCAUGUUAUAUUCGUUUGGGCGAUGUUUUUUGUAAUUCCUUAUUUAAAAAUGACGUUUUUUUGCCUCAAAAUGUACUACUAUGAAACGACUAGUAAUGUAUUACACAUGCCUUUUUCUGUGCCGUUUUCUAAAACCAAGCUGUAUAAUAUUUUGGUUUAUUGCAUCUGUAUGGAAAAGUUUAAACUUUGCAGUGAUGAUGACGGUAUAAUUUACAGUAAAAGCACACUGUAAAAAUAUUAAUACAUCUUUGUUUUCCAUGUCAGACCAAAAUAAAGACCAAACUAGUUUCUAUCUUUUUAAAA